UUGGCCGAUCGUCUUCUGUGUAAAACUGUGCGGGAGAUUAUCCCAGAGUCUGAGUCCUAUAUGGAACUGUUGGAGGUCGAGAAAAAGCUGGAUUUUGUGCUAAUGCGAAAAAGACUCACGCUACAGGAAGCUAUGAAAAGACCCGUGAAGGUCAAGCGAAAGCUCCGUGUCAUGUUGAGUAGUAUCUUCAAACCGGGAAUGCCAGCUGGUACAGUCGGCCCCGAUCGACAACUUUUGAUGGUGGAUCUGAAGGUAGAAGGUCAAUUACUGGACAAGGUUGGUACAUUUAACAGCGAUCCAAAAUACCGGCGCAAAUUUUCUUCAUUUUUCAAAUCGCUGGUCAUUGAACUAGAUCGAGAAUUCCAUUUAGUCGAAUGGCAUCGUACACCAACCACAGCUGAGACGGACGGUUUCCAAGUGAAACGUCCAGGAGACAGUAAUGUUCGUUGCACUGUGAUUCUCGUGUUGGAUCAUCAACCGCCGGAAUACAAGUUGGACCAGAGACUUGCACGCAUCUUGGCUUUACACACCGGUACUCGUUCGCAAAUAUUCUACGCUCUUUGGAGCUAUAUAAAAACGCAUAAAUUACAAGAUCCGAACGAGAAAGAUUUCAUUAAUUGCGAUCCAUACCUGGAACAAGUGUUUGGUUGUCCUCGAAUGCGGUUUGCCGAGGUUCCUAGCCGUCUGGCUCCUCUGCAACAACCCCCGGACCCAAUCGUUAUCAAUCAUAUGAUCACGGUCGAGGGCGACGCACCGAAAACUGCCUAUUAUGAUAUCGAAGUGGAAGUGAAAAUUUCCUGUUUGGAAUGUCAUUUGGUGUUUGACUCAAAAGUGGGGAGAACCGAUGCAUUACUGCUGUACGUAAACACUAAAAAUAGCUAUAGCACUCAAUUGCAUUUCUGUCGGGAUUCAUACCACAAAGUUCUCAUGAGAAAGUUCACUAGUGUGUUAUAA